AAUGAAUUCAAUAGAUUUCACGAGAUAUGUGUCUCGAUUCUGUUCGCACUGAUAGUGUUGUUGUGGUUCUUCCGUGAGCCGGGAGUGUUCACGGGUUGGGCCGAUCUCAUCAAUAAUAAGGGAACCAUAAAGGACGCGACGCCAGCCAUUCUCAUAGGCAUUUCAUUCUUCAUAAUUCCGUCAAAUUUGAAACAAUUUUAUUCCGAAACCGAAAACAAGAAAAUGGAGACACUAUUGGACUGGAAAACAGUGCAAACAAAGAUGCCGUGGGUAUACUUUUUUCUAACGAAAACCAGAUAUAGGAAUAUCCAGGCGGCCAAUACACAGAUCAACAUUCCCGGCGCCGCGUAUGCGAACCAU